AAGCCUCAACUCAAUCCCAAACAAAGAGCACCGCUGCCGUCAAUCCAUUCGUGUAAUCUCCCCUCAAUUCUCGGUUGUGGAUCUUUGUGGAUCAAGAUGCCAGAGGGGUCAAAAUCUUCUUCUGUUAGUAAUCUUCCACUCAUCCUGGACAUUGAUGACUUUAAGGGUGAUUUUUCAUUUGAUGCAUUAUAUGGGAACCUGGUUAAUGAGCUCCUACCAUCUUUCCAAGAAGAAGAAGCAGAUUCAGCAGGUGAUCAUGGCCUUGGUGUGAGUGAGGUUCUACCAAAUGGACAUGCCCGUGCCUCUUCUGAUGCAGCAAAAUUCGCACAAGGACUCUCUAAUCCUCUAUUUCCAGAAGUAGAUUCUUUAUUAUCACUAUUCAAGGAUUCUUGUAAAAAGUUGAUUGAUCUUCGCAACCAGAUUGAUGGAAGACUCUACAAUCUCAAGCAAGAGGUUUCUACUGGAGAUGCUAAGCACCGAAAGACACUAACUGAGCUGGAAAAAGGUGUAGAUGGGUUGUUUGACAGCUUUGCGAGACUGGAUUCACGUAUUUCAAGUGUUGGGCAGACUGCUGCAAAAAUAGGUGAUCAUUUGCAGAGUGCAGAUGCUCAGCGUGAAACUGCUAGUCAAACCAUAGAGCUUGUAAAGUACUUGAUGGAGUUUAAUAGCAGUCCGGGCGAUCUAAUGGAACUUUCACCUCUAUUUUCUGAUGACAGUCGUGUUGCUGAGGCUGCUUCAAUUGCACAGAAACUGCGAUCAUUUGCUGAGGAGGAUAUUGCCAGAGCCGUGCCAUCAGCUUUGGGAAGUGCAACUGCCAGCAGAGGAUUAGAAGUUGCAGUUGCUAAUCUUCAGGAAUACUGCAAUGAAUUGGAGAACAGAUUAUUGGCUCGGUUUGAUGCUGCAUCACAGAGAAGGGAGUUGACUACCAUGUCUGAAUGUGCAAAAAUUUUAUCUCAGUUUAACAGGGGCAGCAGUGCCAUGCAACACUAUGUGGCAACUCGUCCAAUGUUCAUUGAUGUAGAAGUCAUGAAUUCAGACACCAGAUUAGUACUUGGCGACCAGGGUUCUCAAGCUAGUCCUAGCAAUGUUGCUCGUGGGCUUUCUUCAUUGUACAAAGAAAUUACAGAUACCGUGCGCAAAGAAGCAGCUACAAUUAUGACUGUGUUCCCGUCUCCUAAUGAUGUUAUGUCAAUUUUAGUUCAGCGAGUUUUGGAGCAGAGGGUUACUGCUCUUUUAGACAAAUUAUUAGCGAAGCCAUAUCUUGUAAAUCCUCCUCCCAUGGAGGAAGGUGGACUUUUAUUGUAUUUGAGGAUGCUAGCUGUGGCAUAUGAGAAGACCCAGGAACUUGCUAGAGAGCUACGAGUUGUUGGAUGUGGUGAUUUGGAUGUUGAAGGUCUCACGGAGUCUCUAUUUUCUUCUCACAAGGAUGAAUAUCCCGAACAUGAACAAGCAUCUCUUGGACAACUGUAUCAUGCAAAGCUGGAAGAAUUGCGUGCUGAAAACCAGAAUGUUUCUGAUUCAGCUGGAACGAUAGGGCGCUCUAAAGGGGCUUCAGUGUCUUCGUCACAUCAGCAGAUAUCUGUUGCAGUUGUGACAGAGUUUGUACGAUGGAAUGAAGAAGCAUUAACCAGAUGUACUUUAUUUUCAUCUCAGCCUGCCACACUUGCAGCCAAUGUAAAAGCAGUGUUUACUUGCCUACUUGACCAAGUCAGCCAAUAUAUAACUGAUGGACUUGAACGGGCUAGAGAUAGCUUGACUGAGGCUGCAGCCAUGAGAGAAAGGUUUGUGCUAGGUACAAGUGUUAGUAGAAGGGUGGCUGCUGCAGCUGCUUCUGCGGCAGAAGCUGCAGCAGCAGCUGGUGAAAGCAGUUUCAGAUCUUUCAUGGUUGCUGUUCAGCGUUGUGGCAGUGGUGUGGCCAUAGUUCAGCAAUACUUCGCAAAUUCUAUAUCUCGGCUCUUAUUGCCUGUUGAUGGUGCUCAUGCGGCUUCUUUUGAAGAAAUGGCCACAGCAAUGUCUAGUGCAGAGGGUGCUGCUCAUAAAGGGCUUCAGCAAUGCAUUGAAACUGUGAUGGCUGAGGUUGAACGGUUGUUAUCAGCUGAACAAAAGGCGACGGAUUACCGCUCACCUGAUGAUGGAAUGGCUCCUGAUCAUCGUCCUACAAAUGCCUGCACAAGAGUUGUUGCUUAUCUUUCUCGGGUUCUGGAGGCUUCUUUCACUGCACUGGAGGGUCUUAACAAACAAGCAUUCCUGACUGAACUGGGAAAUCGCUUGUACAAAGGACUACUUAAUCAUUGGCAGAAGUUUACUUUUAAUCCGAGUGGAGGACUAAGACUGAAGCGUGACAUAACGGAGUAUGGGGAAUUUGUGCGUAGUUUUAAUGCUCCUACCGUUGAUGAGAAAUUUGAACUCCUUGGAAUCUUGGCCAAUGUUUUUAUUGUUGCUCCUGAAAGUCUCUCCAGCUUGUUUGAGGGAACACCAAGUAUUCGGAAAGAUGCACAAAGGUUUAUUCAGCUUAGAGACGACUACAAGAGUGCAAAACUUGCAUCAAGGCUCAGCUCUUUGUGUUCGAGUUCUAAUUGAUUUAGAGCUGUGCUGUUUGUUUGUAUUUGUUGUCGGACUUUUAUCAUCUCAAGCAUAUUCCCUUGGUUUUGAGUCACCAUUACCGAGCAAGAGCUGGUCCGAGAUUAAGUUUAUUGCGGCGAUAGUGAGCCCAUGAUUGAGCACAAAAAUGAAGUACUAUUUUAUUUUGAAUGAUUUUUGUUUAAUUGUUUCGACGGGGAAGAGAACGCAGAAUUCGUAGGGUUGUGCAUGUUAGGACGGUGAUAUGGGAAGUUGGAUUAUUUUCAGUUUUCAGUCGCAGAAUUCAAGAAAAAGCAAAGAUGUGGUGCCCUAGUUUAGAUUAUUA